AUCAUCAAAUUGUAAACCAUUAAAAGAACUCUGUCAAUCCUGUAUACAGCAAAAAUACUCAAUUGAAUCAUACCGGAAGAUUUUGAAGCUAAAGAUUCUACAUGACAUGCAAAGUACACACAAUUCUUUCACAUUAUCUUGAAGAAGCAUGGUGAAGAUCUGUUAAUAAAAGUUCAACGUUACUUUUAAUUUUAUUCAUAUGCAAUGUUCACUGCGUUGAAGAAACUUGUAAGCAGUCAUGAUGGUUCAUCUAAAGUACUGCCACCACCCGGUGUUCAGACGAUGGGAUUGUCACUUCAGAGAAAAUUUGCAAAAGGAGUACAGUAUAACAUGAAAAUCAUCAUUAAGGGUGAUAGAAAUGUUGGAAAGUCCUGUUUAUUUGCUAGAUUGCAAGGGAAGAAAUUUAUUGAAGAAUAUCUGCCUACAGAAGAAAUACAGGUUGCAAGUAUCCAGUGGAACUACAAAGCAACUGAUGAUGUUGUAAAGGUGGAAGUAUGGGAUGUAGUUGACAAGGGUAAAAAAAGGAAAAAAAUUGAUGGACUAAAACUAGACAAUAAGUUAUCUGAGGUUCCUGAAGAAGCAGCCUUAGAUGCUGAAUUCAUAGAUGUGUAUAAAGGUACUAAUGGUGUAAUAAUGGUACUUGACAUCACUAAACAGUGGACAUUUGCUUAUGUCCAGAGAGAAUUGCCUCUCAUUCCCCAACACAUUCCAGUGUUAGUUUUAGCUAAUCAUCGAGAUAUGGGGCAUCAUCGUACUGUUACUGAAGAUCAAGUCAAAUUUUUUAUAGAGAGUUUAGAGAGACGUCAGGAAAGUGCUCAAAUUAGGUAUGCAGAGUGUUCAAUGAGAAAUGGCUUUGGGUUGAAAUACUUGCAUAAAUUCUUUAAUCUCCCAUUCCUUCAACUUCAGAGAGAAACUUUAUUGAAGCAACUUGAGAUUAAUAAUAAUGAAAUUCGUGCUACUGUUGAAGAAUUGGAUUGCUUAGCUGAAUCAGAGGAACAGAAUUAUGAUGUUUUUCUAGACAACUUAACAAAUCGGCGUAGGCAAGUAGCUGAACAAUUGUCUCAAAUAUCUUCCUCGUCGGUGGAAUCUGUUAAUGCAUUUUCAAUUUCUCAAGCAAAUGGUAUUACUGAGCAGUCCCCUACUACACCAAAUAACCAUUCCAUUCCUACACAAAUGGGAGGGAAAAGCAUAUCCAUGCCUGCCAAUCUGUCACAGUCAGUUGUAGAAAAUCCCUGUGCCUCUGUAAUAAUUGCUCCACCAGCACUGCAAAUAGUUCCUUCACAAGCACAAGAGCCACCAAAACAAGAAUCUAGCUUUAUCUCUAGGUUAUUUAACAAAAGUUCAAAUUCUAGUUCAUCAAAUUCAGUUAAUGAAAGCAAUGUUAAGAAUGAAUCACCACAACAAAAUAUGCCAGUAGUCCCUGAGAGCAAUAUGGCAAGCGUAGAUGAUUUUGUGCCUGAAGAUGCUGAUCAUACUUUUAACUCAUUUCUGGAAGAUUCUCCUAAAAAUACAGCUUCAGAAAAAGUUUCUGAUGUUCCUGAGCCAGAAUCUGAGAGUGAAGAAGAUGCUGUCAAUCCAAUGGUAGCUGGUUUUCAAGAUGAGAUAGAUCCAGAAGAUGUUGCUGUUAAUAUUAAGGAAACUGUUACUCCUGACUUUCAUGACAUCUCUGAUCACAGUAGUGAUGCAGAAAAGGAAGAUCGUGCAGUUAACAGAAAUAAGGAGAAAUCUGAGCCACGACCCUCUUCUGUUUUAGAGGUUUCAUCAGAACCACAGAAACAAAGUACAUCUGCUGAACAUCAUAUUCCUUCUCCUACAAUGCUCACUUUGGAAGAUGAAGAUCUAAAUGUUUUAGAGACCAUGUACGACUAUAAAAGAAAAACUUCUAGUGGGACACCAAGUGUACGUAGUCGCUCAUCACCUAGUGCCACACCCGAGGGUUCAGAAGCUGUGAGUGAAGAUUCUAGUUCUGCCAAAAGUAAAAGACAUAAGCAUAAAAGUAAAAAUAAGGAAGAAUCUAGGAGUCAUAGAAAAUCACACAAGCACAAAAAACAUAAAGAGAAAGAUGCCACUGGACCCAAGAAAGAUAUUCCUAAAAUAAAGAGUAAAGAAGCUGGUGAGUUGGACAGUUCAUCAGACGUUGAUAGGCUAGAAGAAUUUUUAGGAAACAAUGAUACUACAAGUGGAAGCAUUAAUCAUCAAUAUGAAGUUUUUUAAAACAUUUUCCCAUUAUUCCUUCAGUAACUAGGAAUGGUUAAUAUUUACAUACCCUGCUUUUGAAAGCCGUGGACAUUGUAAAUUUUUGGAGGUAAUGAAGAUUCUUUCCAGUAAUUUUGAUAUAAUAAACAGAAUGAGCUAUGUAAAUGCUUUUGCUGUACCAUAGAUUGUACCAUCCAUUUGAAUUUCGAAGUAUAUAUCCAAAAUGUUAAUGUUCAUAAUUUAAAAAAUUUUACUUUUUUAAGUAUUUCAAUGUUUAUUGAAUUAAAAGGUAUUAAAUUAUAUGAAUUAUUAAUCAAUGGAAAGAUAUGCAAUAAAAGAAAAUAUUUGUAAAUUAAAUGUAUGAAUUAAAAUUGCUAUCUGAAA